ACUAAAUCACAAGACACUACUUCUGCCAGUGGAGAAAGUGUCAUUGCUGGUGUAGCUGCAAUAUCUGACAAACCAGAUGGCAAGAAAAAAAGAAAAGAAAUCGUUAACUCCAGCUGUGCCCGUUGCAGCCAAACCGGACAAACCAUCUGGGAAGUCAGGCAUGGAUUCUGCUUUGGAUGACUUGAUAGACACUUUAGGAGGACCUGAAGAAACUAAUGAAGAGAAUACAACGUAUACGGGACCAGUGGUUUCGGAUCCAAUGAGUUCUACCUACAUUGAGGAAUUGGGCAAAAGAGAAGUCACAAUUCCUCCAAAAUAUAGAGAACUAUUGGCUAAAAAGGAAGGAACCACAGGGCCUCCUCCAGACUCUUCGAAAUCCAUGGGGCCAGACGAUGCCAUCGAUGCCUUGUCAUCUGACUUUACCUGUAGUUCUCCUACCACUGGUGGAAAGAAAUCUGAGAAAGAGAAAUCUUCAGAAGUCUUAAAAGCUGAGUCAGCUAGGGUAAUCAGAAGUACUGCUCCACCCCAGGAGAAGAAAAGAAAGGUGGAAGAGGAUGCCAUGAGUGAUCAAGCACUUGAGGCUUUGUCAGCUUCACUGGGUACCCGGAAAUCAGACCCUGAGAUUGACCUCAGCUCCAUUAAGGAAGCCGAUGAGCCAAAAGCUAAAGAAGAAAAUCUAGAGAAGUGUGGUGAGGAUGAAGAAACAAUUCCAUCGGAGUACAGACUAAAACCAGUCACGGAUAAAGAUGGAAAACCACUGUUCCCAGAGCCUGAAGAAAAAUCCAAGCCCCUGAGUGAAUCAGAGCUCAUUGAUGAACUUUCGAAAGAUUUCAAUCAGUCUGAAUGUAAAGAAAAACAUUCCAAGCCAACUGAAAAAACAGAAAAAUCUAAGGCCACUGUCCCAGCUCCUGUAGCAGAGGUUGUGUCUCAGACCUCCAUGUGUAGUAUACAGUCAGCACCACCCAAGCCAACUUCCCUGAAGGGCAAGAUGCCAGAUGAUGCUGUAGAAGCCUUGGCUGGUAGCCUGGGGAAACGGGAAGCAGAUCCAGAAGAUGGAAAACCUGCAGUGGAUAAAGUCAAGGAGAAGUCCAAAGAAGAAGACAGAGAAAAGCUUGGUGAAAAAGAGGAAACGAUUCCUCCUGAUUACAGAUUAGAAGGGGCCAAGGAUAAAGAUGGUAAACCACUCCUACCAAAAGUGCCCAAGGAACAGCUUCUACCCAUGAGUGAUGACUUCCUUCUUGAUGCAUUGUCUGAGGACUUCUCCAGCACCUCAGAUGCUUCUGUUCUUAAAUUCGAAGAUGCUAAACUUUCUGGCAUCUCUGAAGUGGUUUCCCAAACCCCUGCUUCUACCACCAGUGCUGCAGCCCUGCCCCCCAACACUGCGCAAAAUGAUAAAGAACUUGAUGAUGCCUUGGAUAAACUUUCUGACAGUCUUGGGCAAAGGCAACCUGACCCAGAGGACGACAAACCAAUGGAAGAUAAAGUAAAGGAAAAAGCUAAAGCAGAACAUAGAAACAAGCUGGGAGAAAGAGAUGACACCAUCCCACCUGAGUAUAGACAUCUCCUGGACAAUGAUGGGCAGGACAAGCCAGUGAAGCCACCUCCAAAGAAAUCGAAGGAAUUAAAGACCCCUGAUGAUGACCAAGACCCCAUUGAUGCUCUCUCAGGAGAUUUGGACAACUGUCCCUCAACUCCAAAAGCCUCACAGAACACAGAAAAGGAUAACAGCAAGACUGCUUCCAGUUCCAAAGCACCCAAGAAUGAAGAUAAAGCAAAGGAUCCAACAAAGAAAAUGGAGGAAGCCUCCAAGCCAAAAGAUGAUGAAAGAAAUACAAGUUAAAGUCUACCCUAUUCAGUGUCUGCAUAUAAAAUCUUCACCUGGUGGAUGGUGACUUUUGAAGAACAAAAGACUUUGGCAACAGACAAUUUUUCUGGGUGGCUUCUUGUCGGUGGUAUUGUCUUUUGACAUCUUAAAUAUGGUUUGUUAUUCUUUUCCAGAAAGAAAAUGAAUCUGUCUGUUUCACCUGUGUUAUUGUGUAUUGAUAAACUUUGAAUUUUUAAAUUUUUCCUUCAGUUGGGAGAGAAAGCUUUAUAUUCGUAAGAAAUAUAUUUGAUAAAGUUUCUUAAAGCAACACCAAAAAUAGAAAGGAAAAACUCUGCAAACCUUUGCACUUUCUACACACAGUGCCUGUAAAUCUCAUUAGUAUUUUCAGUUUGCACUUACAUUUUUUUAAGCAUUUGGAAAAUAAUGCUUUAAACAUUUGUGUCUGAUUUUUUAUUACCCCCUUUCCUUUUGAGCUUUUAAACUGUAUUUGAUGUUACUUUGGUUAAUGCUCAUAAGUCAAACAUAAAAUAUUAUACAUUAGCCACACAUCUCCUCUUGAGCUGCUAAUAAUAAAUUAAUAAUAGAUAACCUGGAAAAACCAGGAAGCUCCUUUUUAGCUUGAGCUCUUCUUUGCCAGGGGUUAGGACUUCUGCACCUUAUAUCAGACAGAACACAACGAGACUUGAGUUAAGUCAGCAGAAGAGCCGCAGGCAGUCUAGAGAAGUCACUGGAUAGCAAAUCUCAAGAGUAAAACAUUUAAUUCUUCGCAUAUCCAUAUGGCUUGAACUCUGUUGGCUUACCACAUUAUAGGACUGUGGUUUCCAUUCUCAGUACACAAAACCUGGAUAGCAAUUGUUGCAUCGAGCCAUUUGCCACGCUCAUCUUUGCACUGUAUAGCAUCUGGCUUUAUGGAAGUUAAGUUUACAAAAUACAAAAAUGCUUUUGCUUUAAAAAUAAUAUAUAUCUGUGUGUGCAUAUAUAUAUAUAUAUAUGCACAUAUGUAUAUAUGUGUGUGUAUAUACUCAUAUAUAUACAUGUAUAUAUAUAUAUAAAAAUUUAAAGUCUACUUUUCCCCCACAGCAAUUUAAGAACUGGGUUCUGAUGGUCCUCUAACUUUGAGUGGUUUCUUAGAUCUUUCUGAAUAAAUAGUUUAUGAGCAUUGAACUGGUAUCAUUGAUGAAAUUUUGAUAAAUAAUUAAUUUCAUCUGUAUUUCCAGGCAGUAUAUGUGGGAAAAGAUGUCAGGUACAUAGCAUAAAAGAGAUUUGAAAUUUCUUGUUUCCAGAGAGCACAGCCUUCCCUUGCAUCAGUUUAGAGCUUUUGUUAGGACAUAACUAAUUUCACUAAACAUGAGUAGUAGCACCAGUACUGUGUAAGGCCAGGCAUGUGGUAAAGGCA